UACGGGGAACUGGCUGAUAACAUCAAGGCCAGUGUCCCUGAAGCUGAUGUUAGUGGCCAUGUUGGUCGCACAUGUAAGUUGAAACCAAAGAGCCUUCACAAUCUUUUACCUAAGAUAAACUUAAAAUAACUGUGUCACGGAAUUUAUUAAAAUUCACUCAGUUGGAUCUGCCACCAAAUUGAGUGAAGCAUAAGAUAAUCGCUGAGAACAUUAAAAGAAGGUCUUCUCUGUUUUCACUGUAACACCAUCAACAAUAAAAAUGCAAACUGUUUAAUACAGAAAGUCCAGAAUCUGGAAAAUGAAAGAAGAUACCGUAAAGUCUCGCCAAGAAUCAAGGCUGUGUGAUAUUUCAUUUUCGAGAUAAUCAGAAACGUCUUACCCAGAUUUAUAAAGCUUUGUAUGGAGGUCAGGUGCCUUGUUGGUGUCCCUUUGAUGGGCACAAAUGUGGCUGCCAAAAACCAACAGAAGAAUCAAUAGUUUCUUGGUUUGAAUUUUAUGUGACAUCAUUUGAAAAACAAGAAUAAAUAACAUUUAAGCCCGUUAUUGAUUUUCAUAUCUAUUUGGGGAUAGGAGUCAAAGGAAACUGAAAAUCAACCUAGAAUUUUAACCUAAAUUUAAUUUUGGUCUGUAACUUUUUUGAGCCCUCAUUUUUUUGUGUCAGAAAUCUCACUCAUUCCUUGCACUCCUUCAUUUAAUUUGCUUAAUAAUGUCAACAUGUUUAAAUACUAUCUCUCAAACUUUCUUUGAGGUAUAUAGAGGGCAUUACAUGGCGUCCCAGAGAAACGAAAUUUCUCUUUGACUGUUCUCAAGAGUGAGAGCUGUACAGCCCCUGAAAUGAUCCCGACCCCGAAAUGAUCCCCAACCUUGAAAUGAUCCCCAAAUCGACCCCGAAAUUUGAUACCGACCCCGAAAUGAUCCCCAUUUCUCUUCAUGUCGAAAUGAUCCCCAAUUAAUUCUUGGAAUGGAACUUGUAUUCAAUCACGGAAUUAUUACAAAUCUGUUGCAGCGUUUACGUUCUUCAAUCACGUUUAACAUUUCGCUACAAAUUAAAAACGUUACAGUUUUUCCUUCUUUCCUUCCCAUGAGACCCUACACGCACCUCAACCUAAUCGCCAAUCUUCUCUCAUCCCAAAAAACACUUAAAUAGCGACUGGGUACGAGUCUGAGUCAAGAAGACGUAAGCAGCGACUGAUCAAACAAAGUGAAAUAGAGUUUAGUUGCAAUAUUUCGACUGGCUAAUACCAGUCUUCAUCAGGUUAAUUGAGACAUCACGAAUUCACAAAAAUAUAUAUGAAGUAAAAUUAUGACCGGAAAUUACAUAAUAUGACGUGGUACGGUGGCUACUUUAAAAGACAAGAUAACAAAAAAAUAAAAGAUAUACUAUAUAUAGUUACAGUUCAUCACGUUUAUUGAUGCCCAGAGGCUCAAUUGUCUUAGCUUUAUGGAUAAGGUGGGCUUCACGUGCUUUCCUGAAAGAAUCACGCCCAUUUUUAAGUUUUUCAAUAGGAAUCAAAAGCAUAUGAUUGUCGGAAUGAUUACUGGUUAGAAAGUGUUCUGAAACUGCAGUAUGGAUGUAAUUACCAGUAGGGUUGAGUAUUAUAGGUCUUCUGUGUUCAUUAGAACGGUCUUUGAGGCGACGUUUAGUUUCUCCACUAUAUUGUAGAUUACACAGGCCGCAUUGAAUCAAAUAGAUAACAUUAAAAGUUUCACAAGUGAUAUGAGAUUUGAUGUGGUGGUUCUCACCUGUAGAGUGAAAAGUGUAAUCGAGGCUACGACAAAACCUUUCUUAAGAUCCAAAUGCAACGAGCUUCCGACAUUCUUCGCACUGACACACUUACAAACAAACCCAAGACUCAGACUGAAACCUGCUAAAGUCUUCUUGACUGUAACGUUUUCAAUUUGAUCUAUUUUGAGUGAUCACGAUCUUUUUGGAUCCGAGGUUGAGGAAGAUUGAUUGUACAUGGUAUUUGCAGUGUUUUUUUUUUACCUUAAUUAAACAUUUCGCCACAGUUAAUGUGAUUUUUUUUGGCGCGUUUGUCAUCUAAUCGCCUUUAUGUAUACUUUUGCAUCUUCAACGUCAUUUGAAGAUUUUAAAAAGUGUUAAAACACCAUUUUUAAAAUUCAAGAUCCAAGGCAUGCAGUAUUAAAAUCAUUUUUAGAAUUUAACAUCUAUGCAGUUUUCUCUAUAACCCGGCCUAUACUCAGUCACCUAAGUAAUAAUUUUAAAAAAUGUUAUGUUUCUUGAUAUUAUCAGUUGCAGUUCAUGGUGUUCCUAAAAAUAUACUAUACUUUGUGUAUUUUUUUGAUGAUAAUAUUUUUGUUUAAUCCAGUUCAAAGUGUAAUCCCAAAUUAAUGUCAUGUGGGCAAGUGAAGAUUGUUAGUGAAGUUUAAGUUAUAAUGUCGUGCAUUUUGCACGAUCCAUAGUUCUAGGUUAUCAUUCCAUUCCUAAAAUGAAAUGGGGAUCAUUUUGGGGUCAACGUGAAGAGAAAUGGCGAUCAUUUUGGGGUCGGUAUCAUUUUGGGGUUGAUUUGGGGAUCAUUUCAGGGUUGGGGAUCAUUUCGGGGUCGAUUUGGGGAUCAUUUCAGGGUUGGGGAUCAUUUAGGGGUUGGGGUCAUUUCGGGGGCUGUACAGAGCAGCGAAUGAGUGAGAUAUUUUUCAACACGAGAAGAGAAAUUUUGUAUCUCCAAGUGGCCAUGUAACGUUUUAUUUAUUAAAGCACCAACGAAAUGCCAAACCAUUUCACUAAAAUAUUUUUGGCUGUGUAAAGCAUGAUUUAUUAUGUAGCCAUAGCAAUGGUGAUUUUUUCACAUGUGAAAAUAACAUGUUAUUUUCAGGUGUGAAUAAAUCAUGUUUUUGCAUGAAAGCUCACUUGGUUUUCAUUGGUGUUUAUAUAACAACGUAUAUUAUUUUGCUUUUGUUAGGCUAGUCAGUUAUGUAUGAAAAACUUUUAAGCUCUUUAUACUAAUUUGGGGCUCAUUUCCUACUUUUCCCUGUCACAGCCUCAUUUGAAGUCACUAUAAAUGGAAAGCUGGUGUACUCUAAACUGUCCCAAGGAGCAUUUCCUCUAUUCAAAGAGGUAAACAAUAGUUCACUAUUGUAG